CCCCCCGCAGUCUUAUUCGCCACCACACCACCCCUCUGGGCUGUGGCCCUGUUCCGGACUUCCAGGCUUUCCAGCGUUCCCACUCCCCAUCUCCCUCCCUCUGCGCUCGCCACGCGCCGCACCAACGCCGCGCGCGCCACAUGGCUCCCGCCGCGUUCACUAGCCUCCUCCCCGCCGCCGCCUCCGCCUCCGCCGCGGCGUCGCGGCUCCCCUCUGCCGCCGGAGCGGCAGCCUCCUUCGUGCGGCUCCCGCACCACCCGACGGGCUGGGCUGGGCCCUCCGUCGCUGCGGCGCCGCGGACGGCGCGCAGGCGGGCGCCCGGCGUCGCCUACGCCACCGCCGCAACCGAGAAGAGCAUCUACGACUACACCGUCAAGGACAUUGAUGGAAAAGAUGUUCCUCUUAAAAAGUUCAAGAAUAAGGUCUUGCUGAUUGUUAACGUUGCUUCUCAAUGUGGGUUAACAACAGCAAACUACACUGAACUAUCUCACAUCUAUGAGAAGUACAAGACUCAAGGGUUUGAGAUUCUUGCAUUUCCAUGCAAUCAAUUUGGCGCACAAGAACCUGGAUCGAAUUCUCAGAUAAAGCAGUUUGCAUGUACAAGAUUUAAAGCUGAAUUUCCUAUUUUUGACAAGGUUGAUGUCAAUGGACCUAAUACAGCCCCCAUCUAUAAAUUUCUGAAGUCCAGUGCUGGAGGAUUUUUGGGCGAUCUAGUCAAGUGGAAUUUUGAGAAGUUCUUAGUGGACAAGAAUGGCAAAGUUGUGGAGAGAUAUCCACCUACAACUUCACCGUUCCAGAUUGAGAAGGACAUCCAGAAACUCAUUGCGGCAUAAGUACUUCCAAGUCUUCCAGUUGAGUAUCUGUACAUAGGCCUUGUCUUAAAGCUAGAGUUUCAUGUGAUUAUAUUUUUUCGCAAUGUAAUUCUUUCUUGUAAAAUAACUCACUUAUUAUUAUCUACACGUGCAAUAGAUGUAACAUGAGACUAUAUUAGUCUUCAGACUGUCAAACCUGUAGUUCAUCCAUGCAUAAAGGAGCAGUAGCACCCUGAAUCCUUCAAUUCACCUGUA